UCUUUCAUCCACGUUCCAUUAACCAUUCAGCAUUUUCAGCAACAAACAUUCAUAAAUUUUCUUGGUUUGCUUUCAUACUAUAAUAUGAAGAGAAGCAGAGUUGAUGGAGUCGAUGAGGUUGAGGCCUUAGCCAUGGCCAACUGCUUGAUGCUCCUGUCUAGGGUGGGAAGAUCCGAAUCCACCAACCAGCUCCCGGGUCGUGUGUUCGAGUGCAAGACAUGUAACAGAAAAUUCCCUUCAUUUCAAGCGCUGGGCGGUCACAGAGCCAGCCACAAGAAGCCCAGGCUCAUGGGCGACGAACUGCAGCUUCCCACCUCGCCUGCGAAGCCCAAGACUCAUGAGUGCUCCAUUUGUGGGUUGGAGUUCGCGAUUGGGCAAGCGCUGGGCGGCCACAUGAGGAGGCACAGGUCUGAGAUCCAUAACCCUACGCCGGUGUCGGUUGUGAAGAAGACGAGUGACGAGAGAGUUUUGUCCUUGGAUUUGGACUUGAAUUUAACUCCCUGGGAAAAUGAUUUGAAGAUUCAGUUCCGGAAGGUGCCUCAUAUGGUGGAUUGUAUUUUGUAAUUUUUGGGCCAUGACUUAUAUUUAUUCGUUUGUAUUUAUGGAGACUGGUAGAUUCAUGAUUCUUUAUAGAGAUUUCGAUCUUUUGUAGAUAUAGAUUUCUGUAUUAGAGUGGUUCUUUAUCCACAUAUAUAUAUAUAUACAUGGAUUACUCAUAAA